UUUUAAGCAUGACUUCCGGAGGGCAGUAAAGGGGUAUGGUGAGAGCAGGAGCAGUUCUGUGGGCUGAGAAACUGCGUGACAAAAUACAUGUAUGAAUCGGGAGCGAAUCAUUUAGAUAUUUCAGUUAUAUGUUCUCGAUAUCAUCCCACUUCCAUCAUCCGCAGACGGUGUUGUCUUUGUCACAGUCAAUUGAUCCGCUUUAAAUGCACGGUUUGUUUUGUGAAUGAACUGAACUGAACUGAAUUGAACUGUCACGAGGUGUCAGACUUCUGUGCAUUGUUGUCCUGCCAUGUUUUCCUGCCAAAAGAGGCGAUAUUUAUGUUAAAGAAGGAGUUGUCAAUCUUCUCUGACCCAGGGAGCCACUACCAGACAUCCAGAGGCCCUGUGCCCCUCAAUAUAGGGUCUCUCACAGAUGGGAAGAUGAACAAGCAGCCCAGUAAAGAGUCUCUGCGGGACCAUUUCAAGAGGAUCUUUGGCCUCGGUCAGACUCGCUCCCACAGCAAACAGACCGAGAGCAAAGCCUCAGAGUUCAUCAUCACGCUGGACAUCCUGAUGGAACUCACUCCAGAGUACAGCCUGAACCACCGGAUCAGAGUCAUCAACCAAGUGUGCGAGCUCGCCAAAUCCAAGAAGUUUGAGGAGCAUGCGGUGGAGGCCGUGUGGAAGGCCGUGGAGGACAUGAUGCAUCCUGAGCAGCCGGCUGAAGCCCGUCAUGCAGUGCUGCUGCUGCUGAGAGCCAUUAUACAGGGACAGGGUGAGCGCUUGGGUCCGCUCAGAGCGCACUUCUUUAAGAUCGUUUUGGACUAUCAGCCCUGUAAUGAAGAUCUGGCCGAGAGACUGGAGGUGUUCAAGGCCCUCACGGAGAACGGGAAAGACGUCACCCACCUAGAGGAGGAGAUCGCUGGGUUCGUCUUGCUGUGGAUGGACAUCGGUCUGUCAGCAGACUUCCUGCAUGUCCUCGUGAACUUGGUCAAAUUCAACUCCUGCUACCUGGAUGAGAACAUCUCCCUCAUGGUCCAGAAAAUCUGCCUUCUGUGUAACCGGACGACUUCCUCCACUGAUAUUGAGGUUGCGCUGCAGGUGUUGGACGCAGUGGUGUGUUAUAACUGCCUGCCCUCGGACUCUCUGACGGUGUUCAUCAUCACUCUGUGCCGAACCGUUAACGUGAAGGAGUUCUGUGAGUCCUGCUGGAAGUUGAUGCGUAAAGUGUUGGGGACACACCUGGGUCACAGUGCCGUAUACACCAUGUGUCGGAUCAUGGAGGAGAGCGUGUACAGUGAGGACGCCGCUCUUCUCAGGGGUGCUGUGUUUUUUGUUGGGAUGGCGCUGUGGGGCGCUCACAGACUUCCUGACCUCAAAAUCACGCCCACUCUGGUCCUGCCCUCCUUCUACAAGGCCAUGAGCUGUGCUAAUGAGGUGGUGUCCUACGAGAUCGUGCUGUCGAUCUCGCGACUCAUCAAGAAGUACGGCCGCGAGCUGCAGGUCGUGACGUGGGACGUCCUGCUGUCCAUCGUAGAGAGACUCCUGCAGCAGAUACAGACGAUGGGCAGCCCUGAUCUGAAGGUGAUAGUUUAUGAGUUACUGAGCACCGUGGAGGAGCUGUACGAGCAGAACGACUUCCUCGGAUCCUCGCAGACGCUCUUCAGUCUGGUGGAGAAGUGUGCUGAUAAACGCCCCGAUGCGUCUGUGCUGACGCUGAUCUCCUACCGAGCUCAGUCCAUCCAGCCGGCCAAAGACGGAUGGCUGCAGAACCUGCUCAAACUCAUGGAGAAGUUCUUCAGGAACGAGAGCCGGACUGUGAUCAGGAUCAAGGUCCUGGACAUCCUGUCUUUCGUGCUCAGCACAAACCGCCAGCUCUAUGAGGAGGAGCUGAUCGAGGUGGUGGUGAUUCCUCAGCUGGGUCAGAUCGCUGAAGAUCGAGAUCUGUCCGUCAGGAAACAGGCCACGCAGCUGCUGGUGGAUCUGGCCGAGGGCUGCAGCACGCAUCACUUCAGCAGUCUGCUCGACAUCAUCGAGAAGGUCGCUAGUCGUCCGUUAACGUGCUCUCUGGAGGGAGAGAGAGAGAUGUCAGUGGAGUCUCCCAUGGAGGACGUCCGCACCGCUGUACUGGGUCUGCUGGACAUCCUUCAGAGUAAACUGUACAGUCUGCCGGCCAGUCACGCCAGCCGCGUGUACGAGCUGCUGAUCUCUCAUCUGCAGCUUCACUACAAGAACAGAUACUUCAGUGCCAUCGGGAGCUCCAUACGCCUCCAGGUCUUUGAUUUCUUACUGAUGAUGAGGGCAGACUCUCUUCAUCAUCUGGGUGUCCCUAAUAAAGAUGGGGUCCUGAGGUUCAGCCCAUACUGUCACUGUGAUGAUGGAGAGUCGGAGAAAAGAGUGGCUGAGAAAAAGCCGACAGGAAGUGUGUCUCCGCCGACAGGAAGUCCGACACCGGCGGCUCCGCCCUCCUCCAUACGCACGGCCUAUCUGCCCUACAGCCUGGCCUUCAGCGUGCUGCUACAGUGCCUGAAGAUGGAGACUGACUGGAAGGUGCUGAAGCUGGUUCUGGAUAAGAUGUCCAUCACCAUCCAGUACAAAGUCUUGAUCCUAACGUCACCCUGCAAAAUUGAUCAUCUAUGCUCGACCCUCUGCUCAACGGUGAGCGACCGUCUGAUAUCGGAGCGACUGAAGAAGACUCCUGAUGGAUUCUCCCUCACUGAUGUUCAGCUCGCUGUGGUUCCUGUUCUCACCGCCCUCACCUCGUACCACAGCCACCUGGAGCAGUCCCGACAGAGGGAGCUGGUGCAGUGUUUGGAGAAGGGGCUGAUCUAUCGCUGUGCUAAGCAGUGUGUGGUGGCUCUGACCAUGUGCACCGUAGAGAUGCCCGACAUCAUGAUCAAACUGCUGCCUGCCCUCAUCGUCAAGCUCACGCACAUCUCAGCCACCGUAGCCAUGGCCUCGCCCAUGCUGGAGUUCCUGUCCACAUUAGUGCGGCUCCCACAUCUGUAUGCUAACUUCGUAGCUGAACAGUAUGUUAGCGUGUUUGCUAUAUCAUUGCCAUACACCAACCCCUCAAAGUUUAAUCAGUACAUAGUGUCUCUCGCCCAUCAUGUGAUCGCCAUGUGGUUCAUACGCUGCAGACUGCCUUUCAGGAAAGACUUCGUUCAGUACAUCACCAAGGGUCUCCGUUCAAACGCUCUUCUGCCGUUCGAUGACACUCACGAGCAGAGCAGCUUCAGAGCGCGCAGCACCAGCCUGAACGAGAGGCCCAAGAGUUUGCGGAUGACCAAAGUGGCGAAGCAAGGCCCCAGCGCAAACUCUCCCGUUAGAGACCUGAAAGAUCUGUCGGCCAUGGACGCCUUCCGCUCCCGAAGCAUCAGUGUGUCCGAGCAUGCGGUGCGCAGGAUGCAGAUGUCCAGCACCACCUGCAGCCUGGGCUCGGCUGACGAGAACGCGGUGAUGCAGGCGGAUGACACGCUGAAGACCGUCCACCUGGAGCUGACGGAGACCUGUCUGGACAUGAUGGCACGAUACGUCUUCUCCAACUUCUCUGCGCUGCCCAAGAGGUCUCCCGUUGCAGAGUUCCUGUUAUCCGGCGGUCCCAGUAUGACUUGGCUGGUUGGGAAUAAGUUAGUCACCAUUACGACCAGCGGUGGGUCGCGACCCCAAGCCCUUCUGGGUCUGGACCUGUCCGAGAGACCUGGAGGAGGAGAAAUGACCAGGUCUGACCCGUCCUUACACACCCGACUGACGAAAGAGGCUCCUGCGAAACUGGAGUCCCAGUCGGGCCAGCAGAUCGGCACCAGCACUCGCACCCGCGUCCGCUCCGUAUCAGGUGGUCACGCUCUGCGGGCCGGUCCGGCUCAGAGUCUCAGUCCUCUGGUGGCGUCUCCUGAGGGGGAGUACAGUGGCCCUCUGCCCCCGCCGGGACCCCCUCUGGAGGUGCUGGGGUCUCAGAGAGGAGUGGACGAGCACCCUGCGCCCCCCUCCUCCUCCCAGUCCUCAGCGCCGCUCAAAGACAUGUCCGGUCUGGCCGAGUUUGUGCCCGUGCUGACGCAGGGCUGGGCCGAGAUCUUCAUCCGCAGACCCUCAGGGAACACCAGCUGGCUGAUGUGUCUGGAGAACCCCCCGAGCCCCUUCUCGUCUGAGCUGGGGAACGUCCCGCUGCAGGAGCUGUCCAGUGUGCUGAUGGCCAUGGACGGGGUGAAGGAGCCCCAGCCGCAGGACAGACCCUGCCCCAUCCAGCGCUCCGACACCGAUUCGGUUGUGUUGGAAGAAGGUGGACGGAGCAAAGCGACUGAGUCCAGAGAGCUGGAGGAGUUUGAGGCCGUCCCGACUGAAGCCCUCUUCAUGAGCGCUGCUUCAACACCAGCCGGGUUACUGAGCAGAUCCUCCUCAACAUCUAGCGAGGACGAUGAGAAGUCCACCCUGGAGGAGGUCAGUGAAGGCGCUAUCCCCAUCGAUCCGCCUCCGCCGGCCCUCUCCAACGAGUCAGACCUUCAUUUCGCACAUGGCACCACCCUCAACAAAUCCAGCUCCUCCCCGGAGCUCCAGACGCUCCCCGAGGCCUUCACUAAAGCUGCAGCUCAGAGCGCGGCUGACGGAGAUGUGCUCAGCUCCAGGAUCCAGGCGCUCCAUGCCUCCUCAGACAGGGAGGCCUUAGGAGAAAGCACUUGGGCGGGAGAGAGCGUUAUAUCAGCCGUCCCGUCCAGCUCCAGCACUAGUGUCUCCGUCUCCUCGUCCUCCACCUCAAGAAUGAGGCUUGAGUUUCCCACGGAUCAGCCGGGACCCCUGUCUCCCACCGGACACAGACCCCGAGGACACACCAUCUCAGUGUCCGCACCCUCGUCCCGCAGGGAGAGGAAGAUGGACCGAGACUCGUACCACAACCGAGGAGGAGCAUCCAACGCAGAGAAGAGCUCAGGACUCAGUCCCAGCUUCGUCUUCCUGCAGCUCUAUCACUCUCCGUUCUUUGGCAAUGAAGCCAACAAACCCCUCCUGCUGCCCAAAUCUCAGCUGAUCGAUCGUGCCGUUAAAGUCUUGGAUCAGAUGCCUCCGUACGACACUCAUAAGAUCGGUGUGGUGUUUGUUGGAGCCGGACAGGCUAAUAACGAGGUGUCGAUCCUGUCCAACGAGUACGGCUCCAACCGCUACGCUCAGUUCCUCACCGGCCUGGGAAAACUCAUCCACCUGAAGGACUGCGACCCAGACCAGAUCUUCCUGGGAGGACUGGAUCAGCACGGAGACGACGGAGAGUUCACCUACUGCUGGCACGAUGACAUCAUGCAGGCGAUUUUCCAUAUAGCCACUCUGAUGCCGAACCGCCAGAGCGACAAGGGCUGCUGCAAUAAGAAACGCCACAUCGGGAACGACUACGUGGUGGUGGUGUACAAUGACUCGGGUGAGGAGUACAAACUCGGCACCAUCAAGGGUCAGUUCAACUUCGUGGAGGUGCUUAUAAAACCUCUUGACUACGAGAGCAACCUGGUCACACUGCAGUGCCGGAAAGAUCUGGAGGGUUUGGUCGACACCAGUGUGGCAAAGAUUGUUUCUGACCGCAACCUACCAAUGCUCGUGAGACAGAUGGCUCUGCACGCCAAUAUGGCAUCGCUGGUGCAUCAGUGUAGAGCGAACCCAUCAGAUGCCUACGCUUCGAAAUGGCUGGCAAGACUGAGACACAUCAAGAAGAUCAGGACACGGGCCCAGGAAGAAAUUCAGUCCCGUCCCACUCACGGGAUCUCUCUGACCCAAAGCCACGCCCCCAUGCAGAAUAAACCCGCCCACCAGUCCUCCAGCUCUGCUCUGAACCAGGAUGCCGGCCAGAGGAAGAGGCUGGUGUCAACCGUCGAUGAUUUCACAGACUUUGUCUAGCGAGAGACCCGUGAUGUGUUUUUAACUGAGACCAAUAGAAGCUGCGUUCCCAUCAGUUCAGAUGAACGAAUCCAUUCCUGAAAGCUGAGGGCUGUGAGGCUUGGUGUUAGUAAAAUUUGAUGAACCACCCAGUGUGCCACAGGAAGAAAGAGAUCAGUUCAGCCGGGACGCAGCUUCACUCAAUGCUGUGAUUGUAGGAAUGAAUUUCACAGUGCGCUGCUCCGUCUGCUGAAAGAUGGAUGUAAACGCCCGCACUGGCAUUAUCACGUGCCAUUUUAAGCAGUACGACUAAACUGCACACGGUUAACACGAUUUUGUGUUUCUGCUUAUUUUCAUCCACACAUUUCUUUCUCUAGAACUAACUUGUUCACACUCUCAUUGUUUUUCUCUGAAUAUAUGAAAAUGGCCUAUAAUAUAAACAGUCCAAUCAUUUUGCUUGUUUCCUGUUGUUUUCUUUGUGUGUGAUGGUUAAUUCUUAUCUAAUGAGGUUAUAAUGGUAAAACAGGUUUGCAGAACAACAGCUCCAGUAGACUGUAUCAGACGAGUGUGCAUGUGUGCUCUCCGCUACCAAAUAAAACACUGAAAUGUGCAAAUCC